UCCCCAAUUUCAAAUAUUGUUUUGGUUCCGAAGGAAACAGAGUAAGCAAGAACUCCCCUUUGCGGUCCCUCCGACCAAGCCUCGGCGACCGCAAAUUAACAUGGCAAGACGAAGAGCCAAGAAAACUGUUAAGAAAUCUCCGUCGUCUCUUGUGAAUGAUGUAAACGGUGCCGUUGAGACAGAGGCCCAAAUUGAUAAGCAACAAGCUGCUUUUACAGAUCAGGAAGUUGAGCGACAGAGUGCUGCGAUUAGGGCUGUUCGUGAUGUGGAGAUCGAACAUUUGCUGACGGAAUUGCGUUUGCUUCGCUCUUAUUUCAGCAAGGAACAACAGCGAACUCUAGCGCUGAAAUUUUUCAAAGAAAACCUCCCGAACCUUUCGGUUGUUGGAAAUGAAGGAAACGAACAAUUCGAAGUGCAAUGGAACGAUGAAGACGGUGAUUUGUCCAUGAACCAAGGUGAUGGAAGAGACAUACACACGUCUCUUCUGCGCCGCUUGUCCAUGGCUUAUUCGGACUGCUCUGCUGCUAUUGCAUCAUUGGGUGGCUUUCAGUUUUCGAGCAAAGCGGUGCUUGGGAUGCAAGAUGGUCUACGAACUCCUGGGGGGAGUAGCCAAAGGCUGUCUGCUGGGAUGACACCGAAAACACUGAGGCUGCCUAAGCCUGGUGAGAUGCUUUUAUCUGUCCAUGGCUCACCCCUUGGUGUCUACAAGGAAGAUAACAUGGAAGCCAUACGUGGUUUGAAGAAUAUCUAUAUCUGCCCUUAUUCAUGAUCUAAUCACUGCAUCGAGGAGACAUGCUUGCUAUAUCAUCAAGAAAUUUGAUAUUGUCUAAGAAACACCAAAUUCACCUAGCUUCUUUGUUUUUUUUAACCUCACUGAUGCUGUGGCAAAUGUGUGCCCCUUAUCAAUGUGAAUUGAGUGUGCUAGUUUAAUGUACUGGUGGGGACAUUGCUUCAUUAAAUUCGGGCUUAUUGGAUUGGUUUAA